AUGUCCCGAAAUCCUCUCUUGCUUAUGCGGUCGUCCCCCGCCCUGGGGACCGGCUCCUAUGGCGCGGUGCCGAUGCUCAACGCCCAGUCUGCAUCCGAAUCGAGCUCUGAAGACGAAGGGGGGGUGAGGAGUCAACGGAGAAGUCACAAGAGCCGUGGGAAGAGAGUACAAUCUGCACAUAAUCUACGAGAUGACAGGGGACAGUCUUCCGAUCCUCGGCGGCGGUAUCGCAGUACAGAAUGGCUGCGCGGUAGGUCAUCGUCUGCUGCCAGCGACAUUGGAAUGGGCCUCGAUGCCAAAACCUCCUUCGCCGUCAAUCCGGCCAUUGCUGAGCACAAGGCCGAGUCGUCCAACGCGAGCACGAGAACAGGCAGCGGUGACGAUGUUGAGCAAGAAUAUACUCCUACGGCGGACGAUCCCCCAGACAAUUCUCCGUACCCCGAGGUUCGAGCUUCCGUCCCGGCGACGGACAAUACCACUUUGUCUAUAAACACGCCUCGCAUGUGGACGCUGUCGUUGCUUUUUGCAAUAGCAGGAUCUGCGACCAAUCUUUUCUUCUCCUUGAGAUACCCCAGUGUUGCCAUCACACCCGUCAUUGCUCUGGUACUGGUUCAGCCAUUGGGCAAACUCUGGGACCUGGUGUUCAAGAGGCAGGGCGACUCAGAAGGCUUGUUUGUCGAUGGUUCGCUCCAGCCUGAGGAGCAACAACCUCCUCGCACGCUGACCGAAAGGCUCCGUUUAUGGUUGGCCCAAGGACAGUGGAACGAGAAGGAGCACGCCUGUGUGUACAUCAGUAGUAAUGUCUCGUUUGGCUUUGCAUUUGCCACCGACGUGAUCGUGGAACAACACAAGUUCUACAAGCAGGCAGUGCCGAUAUUAUAUCAGCUCCUGCUGACCCUUUCGACGCAGAUUCUGGGUUAUGCCUUUGCCGGUCUAACAAGGCGAUAUCUGGUUCGCCCUGCUGCGAUGAUCUGGCCCGGCACCCUCAUGUCAACGGCCAUGUUUACGACAAUGCAUCAGAACGAAAACAAACCGGCCGGUGGAUGGACGAUCACACGGUACCGGUUUUUCAUCUACGUUUGGGCCGCCGCUUUCGUCUGGUACUUCGUUCCUGGACUCCUCGCCCCAGCAUUGAGUUAUUUCAACGUGAUUACCUGGUUUGCGCCAAAAAAUGUUGUCGUCUCCAAUCUGUUCGGAGUCGCUUCAGGAUUGGGGUUGUUUCCCAUGACUUUCGACUGGGCCCAAAUCGCCUAUAUAGGCUCACCAUUGUUGACACCGUGGUGGGCCGCUGCGAAUGUCGUCGGUGGGCUUGUUCUGGUGAUGUGGAUCAUUGCGCCCAUCUUAUACUACAAAAAUGUCCUCUUUUCGGCAUAUCUGCCCAUUCUGUCGUCGGCGGUCUUUGACAACACUGGAAAGCCGUACGAUGUCAGCAAGAUUCUGACACCAGAUUUCUUGUUCGAUAAAGAAGCGUAUGAUGGGUAUUCCAAGGUCUACCUUCCUAUCACCUACGUCCUCUCCUAUGGAGUACAAUUUGCGGCGCUUGCGGCACUGCUGAGUCAUACUACCUGCUGGCAUGGCCGCGAUAUCUGGCGACAGUCUAGGCAGGCUUUCAACGAGAGACAAGAAAAACCUUCCGUUGCCUACGAGGCCCUCCCAACCUCGGAUAACGAUUACGACCUGCACAGAAUCGACAGUUCGACUUUGCGUGCCGGAGGUGACGAUGUCCAUAAUCGCUUGAUGAGGAGGUAUGAAGACGUGCCAAUGUGGUGGUACGCGGGCACUUUUGUCACCAUGUUGGCCGUCGGGAUCUUCGUGGUGGAGUAUUAUCCCGUACAUCUGCCAUGGUAUGGGCUCCUGAUGGCCCUCGGGAUCACGACGGUCCUGUUCAUCCCAGUGGGCAUCGUCAUGGCUAUCACCAACCAGCACAGCAGCCUGUACCUGAUCUGUCAGCUCAUAUGUGGUGUCGUCUUUCCCGGCCGCCCAGUGGCCAAUAUGGUGUUUGUCACCUACUGCUACAUCAGUUCGGCGCAAGGGAUCAAAUUCUCGUCCGAUCUCAAACUGGGGCAUUAUAUGAAAAUCCCUCCGAGGCUGCUGUUCAAAGUGCAGAUGGUCGCCACCGUGGUGUCCAGCUUGGUCCAGAUCGGCGUUCUCAACUGGAUGUUCGACAACAUCCCGGGCAUCUGUACUCCCCAAGCCAUCAAUGGGUUCAAUUGCCCCAUAGCCCGAGUCCACUUUAACGGCAGCAUUCUCUGGGGCGUGGUCGGACCGCAACGGUUUUUCGGCCCGGGAGCAUUAUAUCGACACCUGGUCUGGGCCUUCUUGAUCGGGUUCGUCGCGCCCAUCCUGAUCUGGCUCAUGGCACGUGGUAAAAAGAAGACCAUCUGGAGGAAGGUCAACCUGCCCGUUCUGUUCGGCAGUCUCAGCUGGAUUCCUCCGGCGACGGGGCUCAACUUUUCCAUCUGGGGUGUGGUGUGCUUUGCCUUCAAUCACGUGGUGAAGCGACGCGCAUCGGCGUGGUGGGGCAAAUACACCAUGACCAUGUCGGCGGCCCUGGACUCGGGCCUGGCGUUCUCGCUCGUCGUCGUCUUCUUCGGCUUUGUAUACCCAGGCUGGAUGGACAACUUCAAGUGGUGGGGGACGGAGAUCUACAAGCAAGGCUGCGACUGGCGCGCCUGUCCUUGGAUCAGUCUGAAUCCCGGCGAGAAGUUUGAUCAAUAA